GCGCCCGGCGGUGGGGCGCGCAGCAUCGCGGGCCGCCAGCGCGGGACACAGGCGUCUCGGCGGGUGUCCUCCGGAGGAGCGAGUCACGCGCCGUCUGGAGAGCGUUGCCCGAGAGAGAGAGAGAGAGAGAGAGGAGGGCAACGGACCACACUCCCGCUCGCGCGCACGCGUGAAUGACAAGGCCGCCGCUACACGGCGCGCGCUAGAGUCCCGGCAGCUGAUCUCAAGGUCGCGUCGGGUCGAGGGUCGCACCGCGGGAAAGAACGUCGCGUCGCGUACCAACCGCUUCGGGCCCAAACAGAGACUAGGGUUUUUUUUUCCACCGCACAUCACUCUUUCGUUAUUUAAAUCAGCGGGACGUUGCCAAUUUUUCGAUAACUGAAGCUUGCUGGAAGAAGAAGAAAAAAUUUUUUUGCGUGACGAUGUCGGCGUGACCAUGGAUUUCAACCUGACGUUCCAGAUGCCGCCGUUGCUGAGUUUGCAGGCGCAGUUCUCGACGGGGGCGGCAGGCGGAACCGACCCCAACAACAACAACGACGACGGCUUCGGGGCCGACGAAGAAGGAGCGCGUGCGGGGAGGAAAGGCGAGAAGUACUCGCUGAGGCCGCGCUCGCUGCAGAAGAGGUUCGAGGUGGAGCAGAAGACGCGAGUCGUGGAGAAGUCGACGACCCGGAGGUCCAUCAGCGGCGGCGGCGGAGGCGGCAGGCCUAAGCAGAAGCCGCCCCCGCUCAGCAAGUACCGCCGCAAGACGGCGAACGCGCGCGAGAGGGACCGCAUGCGCGAGAUCAACGCGGCGUUCGAGAGCCUCCGUCGCGCCGUGCCGCACUCGCCCGCCGACGCCUGCCCGCAGGGCGAGAAGCUGACCAAGAUAGCGACCUUGAGGCUCGCCAUGAGGUACAUCUCGGCGCUGAGCCAGGCGCUGCAGCAGGAGGAGGAACACGACCCUGCAUCCGCCCCCAGGUACUUGGACCUGGAGGACCUGCUAUCCGACGGCGGCGGCGGUGGCGGGGACUUCGGCGAAGAAGACGACGACGACUCGCUGUGCCUGCGCUCCGACCUGAGCGACGCGAGCAGCUUCACGCCGCCAGACUUCGGUCGCUCGACGCUGUCCACGCCUGUGUUCGGCGACCCCGCCCACCUGGACGGCCUCUUCUCCUGACCUCGAUACUCCGGGUGAGCGCCCACGUCGGGAGUGAACGUUGCACAAUACCAACAAGACCUCUUUUAAGUGUAUACAGCCAAUUAACGACAUUGAAGUACUACGUGUAAGGCCACUUACAGUUUAUCCACUUCACGUUACUUGACAAUGAAAAACAAGAUUAUUCUACUGUCAAAGAUCAAAUGUGAAAUAUCACUAGCUAUAGGUUAAAUGCAAAAAUUAAAAUUCAUUGACAAUAAUGAAAGUCUAUCGGUAGUCAACUUUAAAACAAGUUGCAGGUACUUUUAGCUCUGUAUGUUACUAAGAACAACUUUAGAAAAUUUAAUAAAUUGAAAAAACUAAUAUAAUAAAUUGAGAAAAAAAAACUGAAAAAGGAAUUUAAUAUUAAGUUCAUUAACUUUCGGUAAGAGUUCUGUCUAUAUUUGAUCAAACUGUCGCAAAGAAUGUAGAAUAAAAGAUUAGGAAUUGAAGUCUUCAAAA